CCUAUCUGAGGAAGGCAAUUCCUUAAUUGCAAUCCCCCUUCCCAGGUCUGUCUAACUAGGACACAGGUCUUCAUGGUGGCUCUGGAAAUCCUGACGUUUCCUUUACCAUCUUUCUUUUCCUCCUCAGGCUACUAUCUGCCAGAUGAGAAUGGUACUUGCAAGCCCUGUAGAGAUGGCAUAGACUUCACCAACUCUUUCAACAAGUGGCUUUCGUGCAAAAUCUGCAGCGUCUGUAAGGAAGAUAAAGAUGAAAAAAACAGAUGCAUCACCACCAGAGACACAGAGUGUCAGUGCAAACCCGAGAGCUUUGAAGAUGAAAACUCACCUGAGUUCUGCCAGAAAUGCUCUGAAUGUACCAACGAAGAAGAUGAAGUGACUCCCUGUACCCCGAAGACUGACCGGAAGUGUGUCCCCAAAGGCUCUAAAUUAAGCCUCAUCAUAGUGAUCCUAGUGGCCCUGGCGGUGGUGUUGAUUGCUGUAUAUUUGGUUGGUUGGAAGACUGGGUUGUGGAGGCGAGUCUUGCAGUAUAUGAAAGGAGCCUAUCCACGCCGUGAACGGGACUGUGAACAUGAACAGGACUCUGAUCAUUCGAGAAAUCUUCUGAGAGAAGAGACAUCCAACGUGGGAAACGACUCUCAAUACAGCAUGGAACCUGAGGUAGCUGAUAGUUCUCCAGUGGGAAGGAAGCUGCUGGUUCCAGCAAAUGGAAAUGACUCAGUUGGUGCCCUGAAGCUAAUCUUCAAUCAGUGUUCGAAUAUUGUGCCCUUUAAAUCCUGGGACAGCCUCAUGCGGCAGAUGGGCCUCACAGACAAUGACAUUCAAAUGGUCAGAGCUGUGACACAGGUUCCUGAAGAUACCUUAUACCAGAUGCUGUUGAAAUGGCUCAACCAAACAGGCCGGAGUGCCUCCAUCAACAAUCUCCUGGAUGCCUUGGAAGCCAUAGGAGAAAGGUAUGCCCGGGACACAAUUGAAGACCACGCAGUGAAAACUGGAGAGUUCAUUUAUCAAAAGACUACAGCAGAGCCAGUUAUGAUGACACACAUCUGUGAUACCAGCACUGAGGAGACAUAGGCAGGAGCAUCUCUUGUGAGGUUCAAGGCCAGGUGAACUCAGAACAGCAAGGACUAUGUAGAGACCUGUAUGAAAAGCUGCAGCAGACCCUUCAGUGUCAUUAGAAUUAAUUUUAUCUUUCUGUAUUUAUUGUUUAGUAUUAUUGUAUUGUUGUACCUUGUGAACACUAGGCAAGCACUCAGACACUUAAAUGCAUCUCCAGCAUCCUGGUUUGCAUUUGUUCCUGUCUUGAACUUUUAACUCCCAGGUGUCCAGAUUUCUCAUUUCCUCGAGUAAGUUUGCUGGCUUGGACACAUAGGGAACAUAAAAAAGCAUUAUUUGUAGUAACGCAUCUCCUGCCCUCUUCUGGGGAAUUAGCAGCAUCCUGACUCCAAGUGCCUCUGGGAUCUCAAAGAGGCAACUACUGUUUUGUUCUAUGGUCUGGAUUUUCCUUUUUAUGUGUACUUAUCUGUCUAUGUGUGGAUAACUGUAUCUUUUAAGCUUUACACCUUUAUAUUUCUGUUUGUUUUUGUCUUGUUCUGGGUACUAAAUGAAGGUCAUAGUGUAAGACCCUCAGAAUGAGGAGUCUUCCAGGUUUGGUCGAUACCCCAAGAACUCAAUGUCCAGUCCAGUUGCUGCAAAACGCAAGAGGCUUUAAUGAACAGGAAACGUUUGUGCAAACAGGCUCCUCCAGCACGCAGGCUAGAGAGAAGCCCCCUCCCCUGGGCCCAGGUGUUUUUAAAGGCAAACCCACAAGCUUAGGGAGGGGGGUAGGACCCUCUGUCCAUUGAGUACGUGACCCUUGGAGGCCGGAUGGUCUCGCUAUUAGGGUCAGCAGACCUUAGGGCUUCAGGUGUGCUAAUUAAUCUUGUCUGGGCAAACCAGAGUUACAGCUAUCUCUUGACCCUAUUUACCACCUGUUGACUCAGGAAAGGAGGGGCAGUGUGAAUUCUUCUUAUCUCAGGGCCUUGUGAGAGGAAGC